AUGAUUGAAUUGUCUUCAGCUACAACAUCAUCAUCAUUUCCAUCGAUGGGAUUAGUUUCGUCACCACCUCGUUCAGUAUGUUCAACAACAAAUUCUACAAGUAGUCCAACUGUUGUUGUUCAAACACGUUUACAUAAAUUUCCAUGUCAAGAAAUUGAAAAACUCAAACAAAAAUAUCGUAUUCAACAUACAAGUUGUUUUACACAUUUACAAAAUCUUAUUAAUAAACAUCGAAUACCAAAAUGUCGUGAAUGUGGUUUAGAUGAACAAUGUCGUAUUUGUUUAGAUUGUUCAUUAUGUUUAUGUCGUCAUCAUGCUCAACAACAUUCUAGAUUAUGUUCACAUGCACUUGCUAUUGAUAUAAAACGUCUUUUUGUUCAUUGUUAUAUAUGUGGUGAUGUUCAAUAUGAUUCAGUUUUUGAACGUGCAAGACGAAAGAUUAUUUUACUUCAACAAAAUUCAUCGAAUAAUUCUCCUUCAUCGUCAACUAUUGGAGGUAUAUGUGGACUUCUUAAUCUCGGUAAUACUUGUUUUAUGAAUAGUGUUUUACAAGCUUUUGUUCAUGCACCAGUUCUUCGUGAUUGUUUUCUAUCGGAAAAACAGCAUCAUUGUGAAUUUCAAGAUACUAAUCAUACAAUUACGAAUUGUAUUAUGUGUCAAUUACGUCAAUUAUAUCAUCAUGUUCAUGAAGGACAACAACGAAGUAAUGAGCCAUUCGUUCCAUCACAAUUGUUAUAUUUAAUAUGGACACAUGAAAAUCAUUUAGCCGGUUUUGAAGAACAAGAUGCACAAGAAUUGCUUAUGGCUUUAUUUAAUAUAAUACAUUCACAAAAUUCAAAUGAUGAUGUAGAUGAUGAAAAAACAUGUUCAUGUAUUAUUGAUCGAUUUUUUAAAGGUGCUCUUCAGUCUGAAAUAACAUGUUCUCAGUGUGGAUCUGUUUCGACAAAAAAUGAUCUUGUUCGAGAUAUAUCUCUUCAACUACCAUUCGCAUCAUCAAAUGAUGAAUGCUUUCCAUCAUCAUCAUAUUCUCUCGAAAAUUGUCUAUGGAGAUUUACACAUUCCGAAACAUUAAGUAAUUUUUAUUGUGAUAAAUGUCAAAUGUCAAUGUCAGCCAAUAUAAAACUAACGAUAUCCCAAGCACCCAUAGUUGCUUGUUUUCAUCUUAAACGUUUUCAAUAUGUUAAAAAAUCUCGAUCAAAAAUGCGUAAAAAGAUUUCUGCACAUAUAUCAUUUCCUGAUGAACUUGAUCUAACACCUUACAUGACAAUAACAAAUUUUAAUAAAGAUCAUAAUAAAUAUUGUUUAUUUGCUGUUAUAAGUCAUUUUGGUUCGUCAGUUGAAACUGGACAUUAUAUGUGUUACGUUAAACUUCAAUUACAAAAUCGUUGGUUUCGAUGUGAUGAUCAUUGUGUAUGUGAAGUAUCCGCUGAAGAAGUAUUUAAAAGUGAAUGUUAUCUUCUAUUCUAUCAACGUAUGAGUGUAGAACCAACAAGCUGA